CAGGUUUUAUAUACAGUCUAUGGUACAGUUGUUAGCUCAAUUAUUUGCAAAAAGUUUUUAAAAAUGCAUGAGAGACAGGCACGAAGAGAGGAAGGGGGCCACAGAGACUGCUUAUGUGUAGGGCCCAGAAUUUUGUGCAACGCUUCUGGAUAGGAGAGAUGUUUGUAGCUCCUGUUAAGCUUUUCCACUAUUUAGAGCCUUAGAGCUCAUUGCUGUUGAAAAGAGGCUUUUAUUGUGAAAACCUUCGCACCGGACGUCUUGUUGUCCUUAGCGGAAACGAGCCUGUUAGCUUCAGGAAAUCAGUAGGAGGAAAAAGCUUUCCUUUCUGUAAUCAAACCUGUUCAGCACUGAGUCUAACCUAUAUCGGCGCAGCAACAAACUGCAGCCAAUGGACCCUCGGAUUAUAAUAUUGAAUCUGCGGUUUGUUCAUCGAUAGUACGCCCGGUUGCCGAGACGCCGGGCUGGGCCGGAACCAGAACCAGGCCCGGACGGACGGACGGACAUAACCAGCGACACCGGCGGGCUGGUGUGUGUCUGUGGGAGUUGGCAUGCUCUCUGUAGGGGAAGUGUAAUCACCGUGACUUGCUGUCUGUAGCUAACUUAGACAGCAAGUUCUCCGAUGAGUCCCCGGUACUUCAUCAGAUCGGGUGUGAAGGCUUGAGGCUCGAGCAUGGCACAGAGCUAACGUUAGCUAACGCCAGAGUCAACGGACAUCAACUUUUACUCGCUAACUACCAAGGCAACGUAAGAAAAAACAACGAGUAUGAGCGCCACACCUGGGUUUGUGUGAACGAGGAGUCAUUGUAUAUCACCGAACAUUUGCCAGCUCGCUUGUUAGCUCUUUAAAAGGCCGGAUAAAUGUUUCUGGAGCGAGUAUAGCGGUGUAGCUAAGUCAUUAGCAGCUGUUAGCCUGCCUCGACCGCCCCAAUGAAAGAAUACAAAGUGGUCGUGCUGGGCAGCGGUGGCGUCGGUAAGUCCGCGUUGACCGUCCAGUUUGUCACCGGCACCUUCAUCGAGAAAUACGACCCGACCAUCGAGGACUUUUACCGAAAGGAGAUUGAGGUUGACUCGUCUCCUUCCGUGCUGGAGAUUCUCGACACGGCGGGGACGGAGCAGUUCGCCUCCAUGAGAGAUCUGUACAUAAAGAACGGACAGGGGUUCAUCCUGGUCUACAGCCUGGUCAACCAGCAGUCAUUCCAGGACAUCAGACCAAUGCGAGACCAAAUAGUGCGAGUGAAGCGCUUUGAGAAGGUGCCGUUGAUCCUGGUCGGGAACAAAGUCGACCUGGAGUCUGAGCGUGAGGUGGCUGGGUCAGAUGGACGAGCUCUGGCUCAAGAGUGGGGCUGCCCUUUUAUUGAAACUUCUGCCAAGAGCAAGACUAUGGUGGACGAGCUGUUCGCAGAGAUCGUCCGACAGAUGAAUUAUUCCACGCUGCCGGAGAAGCAGGAGCAGUGCUGCACAGCCUGUGUGGUACAGUGAGGAAAAGAUACAUCCCUUAUCUGGGUCACCACAAGGAUUUUGAUGAACCAUGAACCCGGGGACGACCUGACUUUUGAUCCAACACACAAAAACUUACCACAGUUGGUAAAGUUUCUGUUUUAAGGCGGUUUUUGACUGUCUGUCACAGAGCUUCUGACAGGAAAGACGUCAGUCCUAUUUUUGAUAUCAUAUGUGUUAGAAGACAUUUCUGCUGCAACCUUAACGGCCUUUGCAAUGACCCGGGAUGGAGUCAGACAGACUUUAAAUAAGCAAGAACGGCCAUCUGUGAAUUUCACCCCCCCCCUUUUUUUUUUUUGUCGGACGUGAAAUAAUAAGCAGGAGUGUUUGUGAGGUUACAGCGUCUUUUUAAAGCUGCUUUAAUCACUAUUAUAUACUUUUAUUAUUACUUGUAUUAUGUCUCUCAAGUUUGGAAUUUGACAAAGUAUUUCAUAAUAUUGAAACAUUUUGACUUUUAAGCAUGCAUACAUUGACCAGUUUGCUGCCCAGGUAUACUGCUCUCUUUAUUUUGAACUGACACAAACUACAGCAGUGUUUACUGUGACUUUUUUUUUAGCUUGAGGAAACUUGGACAGGAUGUGCGACUUUGUGUGUUAAACCUGUAACAUUUACAUCAAGUCACUUGAUCCACCAAUCCGCUUUGCUGCCCUGUGCUUCAAGCAUUUAUCUUUUUAUCACCGCAGUAGCCUGAAGCAGCUAAACUCACCUGACAGAAUGCAUGCUCGAAAUUGAAAAUGUUCUACUAAAUCAACUUGAGGUGAUAAGGAAGAGUCAUUUUACUGUUUUUAGCCUGAAUCCUGUCAAAAUUUCUAAGGCAUUUAUCGCUUGGACGCAGGUCUUCCAUUUUCAGUUUUCUCGAGGAGUCUCUGUGGGAGAAUGAUUUUGGAACGACCAAAGGAAGCUCACAGUGCAUAUUUGUGUUUGACUACAUGACGUGUGUUGCUUAACAUUCAGGAGACGCUGAUUUCUUGUCAUCAAUAACUCCCGCUACGAUGUGGUUUGAUAAAAGUUCUGGCACAGUUAAUCAGAUUUAACUUUGUAUUUUUCUUUUUCUUAUAGUAACCUAUUUAUUAAAAACUAAUGACAUGGGUAGCCAGUUUUAAACUUUUGAUUUUAUACUAGUUUUUCGCUUUUUGUGACUUUUCAGGAUAAAUGGUACAUUGUUUUUUGAAGUUGAGGAUUUAACAGAGCCUUAAAUAAUUUCUGUCUCACCUUGGUCUCAUGUUUCUUUCUUUUCCUCAAAGAUAAACAGCCGUCGUUAUUUGGUAAUAAACUUGCUGGCCUUUCUGCCUUUGUCAUGGG